ACAGCUACUUCUCAAGUCAUCUCUCUUCUAUUUCCUCUUCAUCUUCUUCUUCACGCGGCAUAUCCUCUUCCCCCAUUAACUUUCCUUUCUCUUUACCUUUCCCUACUUUCCAUAAACCCUCUCUCUUUCUCUCUCUCUAUCUCGGAAAAAACCUGCAAAACAAGCAACCUUACCCCCUCUAUUUCACGAGAGAUUCCCGAAUCAACAUUGUUAUUUAUACAGAAGAAAUCUGUGUAUCUGUUUUUUCUAACAAAAAAUUCAGAGGAUCUAUUUUGCCGUUUCAGAAAAUCAGAGAUAAGAAAGGACGAGAAGCGGAGAAGAUGAUGAUGUUGCGGUCCUGCUGCAGACCGUUGGAACGAUGCCUCGGGAGGCGGGUCGGGAGUGGUGGAGAUGGGCUGCUGUGGCACAGCGACCUCAAGCCGCACGCUUCCGGCGAUUACUCGAUCGCCGUCGUCCAGGCUAACUCCAAUCUCGAGGAUCAGAGUCAGGUUUUCACUACUCCUUCUGCAACCUAUGUUGGGGUUUAUGAUGGCCAUGGCGGACCUGAGGCAUCCAGAUUCGUCAACAAUCAUCUCUUCGCUUAUCUUAAUAAAUUUGCUACAGAACAGGGAGGAUUAUCUGCAGAUGUUAUAAAGAGAGCAUUCAGUGCCACCGAAGAGGAGUUUUUGCAUUUGGUGAAGCGAUCAUUAACAAUGAGGCCUCGAAUUGCUUCAGUUGGAUCAUGUUGCCUGGUUGGUGCAAUUUCAAAUGACGUCUUAUACAUUGCGAAUCUUGGGGAUUCACGAGCUGUCCUUGGGAAGAAGGUUUCUGGGGAUAACAAAAACCCGGUGGUGGCAGAACGGCUAUCCACAGAUCAUAAUGUUGCAGUUGAGGAAGUGAGAAAGGAAGUUGAGGCACUCCAUCCGGAUGAUUCCCACAUCGUGGUAUACACCCGUGGAGUUUGGAGGAUUAAGGGCAUAAUUCAGGUCUCUAGAUCUAUUGGUGAUGUGUACUUGAAGAAACCCGAUUUCUACAAAGACCCAGUUUUCCAGCAAUACGGGAACCCUGUUCCCUUGAGGAGACCUGCGAUGACAGCAGAACCUUCAAUUCUUGUUAAAAAGCUUAGGCCACAAGACCUAUUCCUGAUCUUUGCAUCGGAUGGCCUGUGGGAGCAGUUGAGUGAUGAAGCAGCUGUGGAAAUCGUUUACAAAAAUCCACGAGCUGGAAUAGCUAGGAGAUUGGUUCGAGCCGCCCUUCAAGUUGCUGCAAAAAAGAGAGAAAUGCGAUACAAGGACAUUAAGAAGAUCGAGAAAGGAGUAAGACGCCAUUUUCACGAUGACAUAACCGUGAUUGUGGUUUAUCUCGACCACCGCAAAGUCAACUCCGAUCAAAAACUCAAACGAAACAACAUUGGCAGCACUUGUGCUCCUGUUGACAUCUACUCCCUCAAUGCAGAUGAAGCAGAAGAUGAUCUGUUUCCCAGUCUCAUAAAGUGACCCCCAAAAAAAACAAAAAGAAAAUUUGGAACUUUUGAAAAGGGUGGGCGGCAGACUGACUUUUCUUCAAUUUAGGUUAUAAUAUAUAUAUAUAUAUAUAUAAUAAUAGUCAAAAAGAGAACUUUUGUGUAGAUACAAAAAGUCAUUGAAGGGUAGGUAAAUGCUGAUGGAAAAGAAGUUUUUUUCUUCACAAGUUGGAAGUUCUUCUGAGUCCUGACCAAUUUGUCCAUCGUUGAUUUGGUUUCUUGAGUUCAUAUAUUUGGUCACACCCAGAAUGACUGAACCAACAAUUUUGUUUUUCUUUGAUCUUCUGCAUAUGGAAAUAACAAGAUUCUUCUGUUC